AUGCAGCACCUGAAAUAUUUUUCGAACCACAAAGGCUAUUAUCGUUCUAUUGCGAUGUGUGCUUCGGAAGAAGGCGAUAUUAUAUCUCAGCAGGUCGAGGCUCUAGGUUACCGUCCCUUUCAAUGGUGGGGACUGCGGGAGGCGCGCCAUCAAUACUUGGGUGGAGAAGGCCGACCUGUAGUGGGCCGGGAUAUUUUUCAACCCCUUAAGAAUCGAUUUCAACUAAUUUUACAGGACCAUCGUGGGAAAAUCUUGUGGAAAAAUAUGGCCCAGAUGAGAUUAUGGCUUUAUUGUCUACGCUACACCCAAUGUUUGGUAGUCAUAGCUGAAAAGAUACCCACCGCGUCUAUGAUGGCGGCAUCGGAAUGA